GCUCCAGGUGAGUCCAUGAGGGCAGCUGUGGCCACAGAUCACAGUGAGGACACUGACCGCCCAGCAGCCACCAGUGGAGUCAGACCCAGGUCCUGCCUGGCUCUUCUCACCCAGCCCUCUCCUCCCUGCGCAGAUGCUGUGGCUGCUAUUCCUGGCCUUCCCCACCUGGGGGGCUCCGUGCCUGACACCCCAGCGCCUGUCCCCGAGAAUGACCUGCUGGGCAUCGUGGGGGGCCACAACGCCCCCCAGGGGAAGUGGCCGUGGCAGGUCAGCCUGAGGAUCUACAACUACCACUGGGCGUCCUGGGUGCACAUCUGCGGGGACUCCCUCAUCCACCCCCGGUGGGUGCUGACCGCUGCCCACUGCAUCUUCGGGAAGGACACUGACCCGUCCACCUACCGGAUCCACGCCGGGGAUGUGUAUCUCUACGGGGGCCGGGAGCUGCUGAAUGUCAGCCGGGUCAUCGUCCACCCUGACUACGUUGCUGCCCACCUGGGAUUCGACCUAGCCUUGCUGAGGCUGGCCACCCCCGUGAAUGCAGCAAGCAGCGUUCAGCUGGUCGCCCUGCCACUGGAGGCCCUGAACUUCACCCCGGAGGACGAGUGCUGGCUGACUGGCUGAGGCAGGACAUCCUACUUCGCGCCACUACACCCGCCCUACCGCCUGCAGGAGGUGCAGAUCCCGCUGGAGGACCGCCAGGCCUGUGAGGAGGGUUACAAGAACUACCUGCACGCCAGCGCCAACGAGAAGGUCAUCCCAGAGGACACGCUGUGUGCCGGCACCCUGGGCCGGGGGCCCUGCAUGGGGGACUCCGGAGGGCCCCUGGUCUGCAAGAAGGGAGGCUCCUGGGUCCAGGUUGGCGUGGUCAGCUGGGGCAUCGGCUGCUCCAUGAUUGAGCUGCCGGCCGUCUUCACGAGCGUCCGGAGCCACGUUGCCUGGAUCCGCUGGCAAAUCAGGAAGUGUGGGUGAGCCCCAGGGGGUGCCAGGAACAGCGGAGGAGACAGCAGCUUCGUCCUGACCUUCCCUGGAACGGAUUUCCGAGC